AUGUCCUCUCAAAACGAUAUUGAAAAGAAGAUUGUCGCCCAAGGCAAUGCCAUCAUCUAUAAUGACACUGUAGGUCCUUCCGGAUGGACCGAUGAGACUCCUGAAGAUCGAAAAGCAUUUGAACAAAGCUUACGCCCUGUGGAUCGUCAACUCUUGGAGAAGGCCCUACCCCAUUUCCAUGUCAUCACCAACGACUAUGUCCAUGUAGCUGUUCGAGAUGCAUUCAACUGGAACGAGGUAGCUAACUUGUUAGGCAAAGACAGUGAAGGGGAUUGGUUUAUUGUUGCAUUCCGGAGUGUGCGGAAAGCAGAUGCCGAUUCUAAGGCACUCUAUGACGCUGAUGCCAGAGCCCAUCGAGAAGCUAUCCAUAGCGGCGGUCUAUUACAGUAUUGGUAUGGUGAUUUGAAUGAACAUCGUGAAUGCUUGGCUAUGUGUAUUUGGGUGAAUCGAGAUUAUGCCCUUAAAGCUACAAAGAAGCCAUUACAUCUAGAAGCUGCUAGACUUGCAGGAUCCAUGUAUGAAUCUUAUCAAUUGGAACGAUACCGCUUGAUCAAACGUGCUGGUGAGACUACCUUUGACCUUGAGCAGCUUUAA